GCAGGAUUGUGAGGUUGCGAGUAGACAGUAGAUAUAAUGCUGACAUUUCAACUUUGUGCACCACACUUCCCCUUCCUCUACUUCAACCUGAUAUAGUAGUUCACUGUGGUAUUUUUUGUUUUUCUUUGUUAUUUGCAAAACAUGUAUCUGAACUGUAGAGAAGAACUGUCACUACUGCUAAAAAAAAAAAACUUUAGUUGUUGGCAGACAGCCUUUGCUUUGCUAAUAGCUUGAGGAAGAAGCACAUGGUAGAAACACAUGGCAUGACUUGGCGUGUUCAUUCUUGAUCAGAGGUCAAAACUGUACAGAUAAUUUCAUUUCUCUUUCUCCACUUUUACACUGAUGUUAAACAUUCAUUGAGACAUUCCAGACCCCUGCUUAAAUCAAGCUGCAACAGGUAGAGCUGUGGAGAUAUAGCCACAUAGUGAUAUAUGGUCUUUGGAAGUUUAUCCAGUCCUGAUUGAUGCACAAGUUUAUCUGCUGGGUUUAUCUUCAUGAAAAUGACUAAAGCUUGUAGACUCUUGUGCUCUUCAAGAUUGUCUGUAUAGAACAAUAUCAAUUGUGCAGGUACUUUGGUAUAAAAAAACGUUUAUUUAAAAAGAGUUUUGAAAGAGUUGUUCUGAAUCUGAAGGAAAUUGCAUCUUUAUGGUGAUGCUGUGUCACUGCAGGGCUGUAUAACUGAUUAGUUUCACUUCCUUCUUGAACGAACAGAGAUGUGUAUUCAUUUAGAAACUACAACUGGGUCUCCCUUCUUAACAGAUAUGAUCACAUUCAGUGGCCUACAAAAGAUUUCCUGCUUUUCUGGAUAUUUUGUUUUUACAUUUCCCUUUACCAGUGUACCAUUAGACGGCUGUCAUUGACUGAGCAUGACUGACUACGUGUCAGGAAACAUGCAGAUAUUUUGUUCUGAUGUCCAUGGUGUGAUGCUGUGUCACAUGAAUAUGGCUACACACAGGGGUUACGCCAGGGUAGGCUGGCAUGCUGCUCAAUGGCAGAGGGAGGGAACUGGAAACUUCUGCUCUUUUGUGGGACGCUACUCUAUGGCAGGGGUGACUGGACCAGCCUGAUGUCCAGUCCCCACUGACACAUGGUCAGGUGACUGGCUUCAGCAUGGUCCUGGAGCGCAAAGCUUAGAAAGAUUUGAUGCAAGCUUUGCAGGGCAGCACUGCAUGGUGGCAGACAAUACUGCGGUCUCUGGCCAAAGCCCCUGGAAAGUACAGGGCUUACCUCUGCAGACAGCUGCAGGCCACAAGGGACCAUCAUUUGUGGUAUGCUAAAUAUUUAGCCCACUUCAUCACGUGAUCCUCCGAAUUACCCUCUUCAUUUCAACACCUUCCAAUUCUGGCUGGAUCACCUCUACCUGUCCUGCACAGAUGGAAUUAAGUGAACCAAGAGAGGCAGCAACUAUGGAGACGUUCAACUCCAAGGAUAUGGCCAUGAAGGCACAGAAGAAAAUCCUCAGUCACAUGGCCAAUAAAUCCGUUGUUCAUAUGUUUAUUGAUGACACCAGCAGUGAGAUUCUGGACGAACUCUACCGGGUCUCCAAGGAGUACACAGGAAACCGCACAGAGGCCCAGAAAGUGAUAAAGGACCUGAUCAAGGUGGCUGUAAAAGUUGGUGUCCUCUUCCGCCACAACCGUUUCAAUGCUGAAGAGAUGAAACUGGCCCAGGACUUCAAGAAGAAGUUACAUCAGGGAGCCAUGACUGCCAUCAGUUUCUAUGAGGUGGAAUUCACCUUUGACCAGACAGUGAUUUCAGAGAUCUUGACAGAGUGCAGGGACAUACUACUCAAGCUGGUGGAGAAGCAUCUCACGCCAAAAUCCCUUGGACGCAUCAACCACGUUUUUAAUCAUUACUCUGACCCAGAGCUGCUGGCCUCCCUCUACAGUGCGGAGGGGCCCUUCCGCCCCAACCUCACCAAAAUAUGUACCGGCCUCAACAAGCUGGUGGAGGAGGACAAGCUAUGAGUUGGUUGACAUUCACGGGACUGAAUGCCUGACUGUGGGUGGACCUGCUCAGAACUGUGUACCAGGGAUGAGUAAGCAACAUUACCUAAAAAAGAUUAAAGUCUAAACAACAACUGGCUUUGAACAACUCACACACAAAUCCAACCACAUUAGAUGUGACACCCAUGCUAAAUUGUCUUACUAUAAGGCGAUUUUGUCCCACCCAGUCUGCUGGAUUUGAAGAUGAGGUUAGCACUCUAAGUGGUUUAUUUCACAUGACAUCCAUGCACAUUCAGCUGAAGAGUAGUUAUUUCAGUGUUAUAUGAAGAGACAUCAAUUUUUUUUGUGUUUGUCUGAGGGAUUAAAAUUCUGUUUUACUGGACACUGUAAGAAUUCCAAGCAGGAUACGGACAAUUUCAGCCUGUGAUUUUUGGGCCAGAAGAGAAUUUCCGUCCUGCAUUUUCUGUACACAAAACCUUCCACUUCCUUGUGUGAAUGUGUCCCUGUGUAUGACAUUCCCCAGGAUAAAUAACUGAACAAAAAUUAUUAAAAUGGAACAGAGAAGACUGAACUGUAACCAAGGUAAUACAACAUUAUUAUUAUUAUUAUUAUGCAUAAUAAUAGCAAUCAUCAUAAUAAACACAUGGAAUAUUUAUUAUUACUGAAAACUGUAAGUGUAGAAUUGUCAUUUCACUGAAUGAUUGGGUUUCAUUACUAUAUAUAUAUAUAUAUAUAUAUAUAUAUAUAAGGAAUACUGGAUUUGAAUAGUUAAAUUUGAGGGUUGGAUAUUACACUGCCAUCUACUGAUUAAAUGUGGUGUUGUGUGCUAUGUAUACAAAUAUACAUAAGAUUGUUCAAAACUACUGAGAUUUAUAGAUCUGAAAUGAAUUUAUUAAAUUUGUUAAAUACACUCAUUUUACAAUUAUUUGAAAUUAGACUGUAAUUUAAGCAUUUUUACAUUGAAGCUCAAUAUGGAUUCCAUAUAUACCUGUACUGUAAAUAAAAUGCCUAUAUGUAACAAUUGCUCACUUUAUUGGUUCACUGUUGCUGUGAAUCGCUGUCAAUAUGUCCAUAGCUGUAACAUCAUUAUAUAACAAAACCCUACCUUGAAAGAUGUAUCAGAGACCAAAACAUUUAAAAAAACAACUCAGUACACAACAAUACACAAUAAUGCAUCACACUCAAUACAGAACAUCACACAAUGGUAAUUACAUGCUUGCACACACAAAGGAUCAAUGAAGCAUGGAUUUGCAUUUAACCAUAUCAUCAUGUCUGGUCUAAAACUAGUAAAUGUUGCAAACUAAUACUAGAAGUAUUACAACACACCUCUGGGUGUGUUGUUCCAUAUAAAAACACUGCCCAAAUUCUGUAUACCUGAACAGAGCAUUACAACAUGAAGCAAAGUUCUUGUUGUUCAAUUUGGUUGAUUUAAUAAAUAAUAUAUAUUAAAAUGUG